UUUUUUUUUUCUCCCACAUAUUUAUUAUAUAAAUAUAUAUUCACCUAUCGUUCUUUGAAUACCAGCACUAUAGAUAACACCCGGGAAGGAAACCGUAGUACUGGACAAAAACAUAAAGCCGACGCACGGACAGUAAACAACAUACAACAAAAGUAAAGUUUUAUUCCAAGCAGUUAGUCAUACAUCUAUACUACAUCCAACAUUUGGCGGAACAGGCAACCACUCAUUAUUGAACAUGGUACUCACCCGCCAUCAAGCAAAAUUAAAUAUAGAAAACAGCAAUCAAGAAAACUCUAUUGAUGAUGCCAUGAUGGUUAUUAAUGAUCCACCUUUACUGACAAUUUCACGAUCUCGGCAGGAGUUUGACGACGAUGAUGACGAUAAUGAAGAUAAUGACGACGACGAUGAUAAUAACAAUAAUAAAGAUCGAACGAUAAAACUAGGCACAUUCUUAGAACGGUUAGAUGAUUUUGAAUGUUCAAGUUUGGAUGCACUCAUGGCAAGAUGGCCUUCUAUGCAUGCUCGUUUAAAGGGUAUGAAACCUCAUUUACCUCCAAAAAAAGAUGACAACCGACCGACUUUGGUACUUGAUCUGGAUGAAACUCUUUUACAUACUUAUCGUGAACCCAAAAGCGAUCCGAAUGAUUAUUGGGAUGCCGAUUAUGUAGUUUAUGCAAAGGAUAGACGGAGCUGUUUGGCUGGAAUCCUUAGACCAGGUGUAACAGAAUUCCUUGUUUGGGCUUCGGGAAUUUUCGAAGUAGUGGUAUGGACAGCGGGUCAUGAUGAUUAUGCGCAGAUGGUAUGCAAGUUGUUGGACCCUGAAGGAAAUCUCAUCAAUCAUAUGCUUAGUCGAAGAACAUGUAUACGAAUGCGAUCAGCUGCUACUGGCGAAAUCAUGUAUGUAAAAGAUCUUUGUGCUCUAGGACGGGAUUUAGGAAGAACAUUCUUGGUUGAUAAUACCCCUCAUGCUGCAACCUUGAAUCUUAGUAAUUUGAUUCCUAUCGAAACUUUUCUAGGUGGAAGCUCCGACAGAGAAUUGAAAGAAUUACGACGGUUUUUAGAAUCAAAUCUUGUACGGCUUACUGAUAGAAAGAACGACAUGCGGAUAUUAUUACAUCGACAACUUAAUCUCAAACGACGAUUAAGGGAACGUAUUGACAACUGGAAAAGCUCACAACAAUCUAUUCCCCCUUCCUAAAGCACAAUUAAUUUGUAUCCUUCAAUCACACCAUUGUCAUCAAUUGUUUAUAUACAUCUUUAUACAUACUAUAUAUUUUGUUGUAGUUGUUUUUUUUUUUUACAUGUCGUAUUCUGUAAAUAUCAUUUUAUUCAUUUAUAUCUGUUUUAUACCAAUAAAC